AUGUCCGCCGCCCGCCUCAUCCGCCCGCUGGCGACGCCCGCCGUGCUGCCCGGCCCGACGCAGCUCAGCCGGCUGGGCGAGCACUACCAGCGCACGCUGCUGCCGUCGCUGCUGUACAUGACGUACGACCCCACCGCGGCGCGCCCGUCGAGCUCGGGCGGCGCCGAGCCGCGCCGCUGGGACCCCUCGUCGCCGUACACGGCGCUGCGUCCGGCGCGGCCAGCACGCGGCAACCGGCGGGCACAGCCGGGCAGUGCGCCGCAGCACGCCGCCGACCCGGCGCGCGACGUGCCGCGCCUCGAGCGCGUCGUCAUCACGUCGUUCUGCAAGGACGCCAUCUCCAACAAGAACGCCCUCGUGCCGCUGGUUGCGCAGCUGCGCGCCAUCACGGGUGCGCGCGUGCUCGGCUCGGCAGCCGAUGCCAGCGUGGACACGGAGCACGCCGGCGAGCGUGGCUUUGUCAAGAUCGUGCGGGCCAAGGGCGGCGCGGCGAGCUUCAAGAUCCGCGCGGGCAUGCCCGUGGGCGCCCAGGCGGUGCUGCCGGGCCCUGCGGCGCUGGACCUGAUCGAGCAGCUGACGACGUUCGUGCUGCCGCGCCUGCGCUCGUUCCAAGGCUUUGCGCUGCCGCCGUCGUCGCAGCCGCCAGCGUCGCCCGCGGCGCUCUCGGGCGUCGUGUCGCUCGGCUUCCCGCCCGAGGCCAUGGCGCUGUGGCCGGGCACAGAGGCGAACUGGGACGCAUACCCGGGCAAGCCGUCGGGCUUCCAGAUCGACUGCAUCACGAGCGCGCGCGGCCCGCACGCCACCGAGCAGGCGCGGCAGCUGCUCAGCGGCCUCGGCGUGCCGUUCGUGCGGCGCGGCGACAUGCGAUAGCUGGCACAGAAUAUCAUCGCAUGAAG